CAGUGUCCGACUCGGAAGGAACGUUUCCAGCACGUUUUCGCAGCCGUGUUAUCAACCCUUCUCCACGCAGGAUCGUGUCAUUGCGACGAAUUCGACGUGAACAUUUACUGCUCCAUGGAUGCUGCUACUGACGACGCCAUGUCUUUCCUAGCAUCGUGGGAGGACGCAGAGGGAACUUCUUCUAAGGACCGCUUACCCUCUAUGCAGAAUGCACUAAAGACCCUCAUCGACAUGGAGCCAUCAUUCUUUCAUUCUCUACAAUACCUGAUAACCCAAACUGCCAUCUGCGCUCCUUCGGUGGAGGAAACCACACUUUCGAUCCUCAAACCUCUCCGUGACGUUACUAUCGAUUUCCUUUCCCCAGUCCUCACGGCUUGGACAGAGGCUGUUGCUCUCCUAGAUUGCUUCGCGUAUAUCUUACAUCAUGAUACGUUUCCACAUCCAACUUAUUAUGCUGAGAAGUACGACUUGAUGCGAUUGAACGCUCGACUCGUGAGGGACGUUUUCCCGCUUCUCGAUGCAAUUAUCACGAGUAUCGAUGAGCCACUCGUUGCCGAGCUACGAGGACCAUACGGCCUUGAACCUAUUCUCAGUAUCCUGAAACGGCUUCCUUGGUCGUCAUCCAUGCGCUCCACAGGUUUUGUCGAGGCGCCAUGGAAUGCUUGAACACCAUCGAGAAAUAUCUCGUCCGACUUCAUGAUUUUGUCGGAGAUGACUUUCGCGUCGGGCCUCUGGAGGGCCGUCAGGAAAUCGGUGAUGGCUUGCUCAAGCUCAGUAUCUAUGCGCGUCGCUGUAUGAGGCAUUCCUCACUUCACUCACGUCAAUUUGGACAAAAAGGAGGAGAGAUGAUGGUCAGGUGG